AUGGACACAGGUGUCAUGCAAGACAUCGACGUCUAUCCUGGCAACGACAAGACCUUCGAGACAUUCUUCGACCAAACCACGGACUACUCUCAGCAGCUGUCAUCGAUCAGCUUCUGGGACGAACUAGACAGGUCGGCCCAGUCCAGUGUUGUCAACUCGGCACCGACUACCACCUCCCACCAGACCCCCAGUACCUCAGCCGACUCCCCCGCUUCCACCGCCUCCCAAAACCUCUCUACCAACUCGCACAAGCACAAGCUCCCCGGCCAAGAGCUACCCGGGAAGCGCCAGUGCUCCGACGUCAGAAGGUCUCGAUUCGCUCAGGACCCUUCCGCCCUAGAUUGCUCCGACUAUUGGCUUCGUUUCGAUAGCGAUAACGAGAGCGAGCCCCUGUUCCGCGACAACCGGGAAGGCAGAACCGUCCGGUCUCCCAAUCUAGCCCACCCUCACCCAAGGUCGCGGAUUGUCGGGAGACCCGGCAGCUUCAAAGUGGCUUAUCCGCCCUCUUCAACUGCCGAGUUGGUCGACGAUAGCGCUCUGGAUCACGCGCUGUCGGACGAGGACGACCUCUUCUCUAUGGCUCUGGCUGACCAGCUAACCAAGACCGAGUCUGCCCCCGUGCCUUCGGAAGUACCGCCACGAGAGAGGCUCUACUCUACGCCCUUGAGCUGGGAGCCGCCGCAACCUGGGUUCCGCAUGGACUACGUAAACGUGAACCCCCCCUUUGCCGACCCCGAACGCCAGCGGCUACUCGCCAUUGCCAUGGGUACUGGACAGGCCCCGCAACAGCAGACUAACUCGAGACAACCACCCGGGAUGGAUUUCCGGUUCGAGAUCAACCAGAGUCCAACCACGAUGAGCGACAGCAAAAGCAAUACCCCCGAGCCUCGCGUUAAGCCGGUAGUAACACGGCCCCAGGCGCCCUCCCGGGCCAACUCGACGGAAGCCGUCGAGAAAGCCAAGGAGAAGCCGAGGAAUAGCGACCGGGCCGCUCAUAACGAUAUUGAGCGAAAAUAUCGGACCAACCUGAAGGAUAAGAUCGCCGAACUCCGGGACGCUAUCCCGUCGUUGCGGGCCAUACCCGAGGAUGGGGACGAUAACGAGAAUCCGGGUGGAUCGAGAACGGCCCCUAAAGUCAGCAAGGGCACCGUCCUAACUAAGGCGACCGAGUACAUUCACCAACUUGAGCGGAGAAACCGGUCAAUGGCCCAGAAGAACGAGGAGCUCGCACGUCGGUUGCAUGCCUUUGAGCAAUUAGUCGGCGCUGCCCCCGCACCAAAUUGGGCACCCCAGGGAUACGGUGCUUCCGUCUUCAACCCUCGAGCCUUCUCGUAGGGUAGUUGACCCAUCGUCUUUGCCUUUCCAGAAAGCCUCCUCUCUAUGCAUCGAUCAUCCUUGGGGUCGAAAUAACUGUCCUCAAAUCACCACUCAACCUCCACACCCAUCUUUGGAAAUCUCACCAUUUUCAACACCGACAAAUAUAGCAAACCACGAUGGCGACGCGAGCACACAUCUUGCUUUAACUAUGAUACCCAAUCUUUGCAA